CUUCAUUCCUCACUCUCAUUCCCAUUUGUUUCCUGCUUUGCCUCCUCCCCUUGCUCUUCAAUAACUCUUAUCAUUUAUCAUACAUCAUACAUACAAAUAAAUAAACCCUCUCUACGAACCAACACAAGCUGGAUCCCACCUAUAUCAAGCGGUUCAGCUCCGCGGCCAUGUGCAGAAUGCUGCUCUACAAAGGACGACAGCCAAUUCAGCUGGCCCAUCUGUUGACCAAACCGGCACAUUCAAUAAUCAAUCAAUCUUUCGACUCGAGGUUGCGGUUGCAGGGAAGACAAUGCGUCAGUGGCGAUGGAUUUGGUGUCGGAUGGUAUGAAUCCCAACCAGAUCAAGAGUCAGGAGCAACGCCUUGUCUAUUCACCUCGGUCACGCCAGCAUGGAAUAACAUGAAUCUGAUUCGCCUGGCAGAGAAGAUCAAGAGCCCUUUGGUCUUUGCCCAUGUGCGCGCCUCGUCUGCGGGCUCGGUAUCAGAAAGCAACUGUCAGCCCUGGCAGUAUGGACGCUUAAUGUUCAUGCACUAUGGCCUGAUUGCGGAUUUUCACUUGAUCAAGCGCAAGGUCCAAGAGUCGCUCUCGGACGAGAUUUUUCUGACUGUGAAUGGCAACACAGAUUCAGAAUGGGUGUUUGCAGUCUUUCUCAGUCAGCUUAUGGCGCCGCGCCAGGCGGAGCCGUUCUGUCACAAUGUUCUCAAAGUAGCGAUGUUGAGGACCAUUUCCAAACUCAACGCAUGGAGUAAAGACGCUGGGAUCAGCGAGGCUUCGUUCAUGAACUUUGCAGUCACGGAUGGGGUCUCGGUUGUGUGUACGCGCUACAUCAACUCUUUGACGCUCGAAUCCGCCAGCCUGUAUAUCUCAUCAGGAACCAAGUUUGAGUGCUAUAAGCCUGGGCAUUACAAGAUGGUCAAAGAGGCUGCGAAACGGGAGGAUUUAGUGAUGAUCGCGUCAGAGCCCUUAACGGUCGAGGAGACGGAUUGGUUGAAGGUGCCGAUGAAUACGGUAGUGGUGAUCACUUUGAGGAUGAAUGUGCUCAUGUAUCCGAUCGAGGACGAGUUCCGGAGACCGGGGCAGCAGCUAGAGCAGCAACGGGAGCGAUUGGAGAUCAAGCGUCCAAUUGUAGCGGCGAUUACGGGUGAGCGACGGAAAGAUGGGGCCCGGGAUAUAGGGCAUCGGGAGGUUGCCUUUAUGGGGAAGGAUAACAUGGCCGAGCGUGCCUCGGCGGAUGUCAAGGACGUUUUAGCAACUUCUGGGCUCAUUGGCGCAGGGAUCAGUGGGGACAACAAAAAGUACAGUAACAACGGUAGCGACAGUACGCCGUCCUCGCCAGCGAUGUCUUCGUCUCCAUCGGCUUAUUACCUGCCGUCUUCGCCAUCAAAUUCCUCCAUGUCUACACUCUCUUCAUAUUUCAGCGACAUGACAGUGUACGAGUUCGCAAAGGACGGAGAUAAUGCAGGUGUCACAGGAAUCAUGGGCCGUGGGCACCGAAUCAAGGGGUAUGAUGAAGACAGCGAGAUUGAGGAGGAUUAUCGCAUUUUCCCUGUCAAUACGUCUUCUGCACCGGUGAUGAUCCCCAAGGAUGCAGGUGGACUGGAUCAGUUUUCGUCAAGUCGACAGCGAAGCUAAAGCAGCUCCACCGAGGAAUUUUAGUUUAGUAGAAAAUUUGAGCAGCAGUCUUGGGACGCAUCGAAAGGAUUAUCAUUGGACGAGAUUUGACGCGCCGCGUGUUUAACACGUCCCGUUUCCGCCCGUACACAUUCACGGCACCGUCUUUGUGCUACACCAAUGUUUAAUUAGCUAGUUUCAGUAAACGAAGAAAAAAAUAUGCGAUUA